AUGGAGGCGUGUGUCCUGGCAAACUGCACUACCAGGGAAGGUCUCACAACGCAAAGUGUUGCGGCAGAGGGGUGCAAAUGGCCUGUCCGUGACAAGGGCAUUGACGUCGCUGUCAUAGGACCAGUGCUAGCUGGCGUCAGUCUCGUCUUUGUUAUCUUACGCCUCAUCGUCAGAAACCCGACGAAGAGUGAGCUGUCCGGCUGGGAUGACGUUAUCAUUACUGUAGCGUGGUUGGCUGUCCUGCCACUUUCAGUGCUCGAUGUCUUCCUUUACAAGCACGGAUUAGGGAAAGACAUCUGGCGGGUGCCAUUCGACGACAUUACGCAGUUGCUCAAGUACUUUUGGGCUGGCGAAAUGCCAUAUCUCACCUGCACAGUCUUAGUCAAGAUUGCGAUACUUCUGUUCUAUCUCAAAGUCUUCCCGAACCAAACGUUCAAGACGAUCUGCAAAGUCAUGGUCGGGUUAUGCAUCGCCUUUUGGAUCAGCUUCUUCUUCGCGCUGACGUUCCAGUGCACCCCUGUCUCAUAUGCCUGGCUCAGGUGGGACGGUGAGCACGAAGGCUCGUGCAUCAAUGUCUAUGUCGGAGGUUUCGCGCACGCGGCGCUCAACAUGGUGUUCGACAUCGCCAUCUUAAUCAUGCCGCUUCCGUUGAUUUACCGGUUGCAGCGGCAUUAUUCUUGGCGGCAGAAGUCUCACAUCUUCGUAAUGUUCAGCUUCGGUCUUAUUGUCACGAUUGUCUGCAUACUCCGGCUCAACACGCUCAUCACGUUUGGCAACUCGCUCAAUCCAACAUACGACUACACAGCAGCUGCGAUAUGGUCCGUAGUUGAGGCCCACGUCGCGAUCAUCUGUGCGUGCUUGCCAGCUGCCAAAAAGUUCCUCGUCAAAUUCGUACCUAGCUGGAUUGGGGUUACUACGAAGGACUCGAAGCAUUCUCGCACUGCGUCCGGAGGGAUACCGAAAGACCACUGGAAGCCCAGCGGCAGCAAGCGCGACUCGAACACAAAGUCGUCUGGCAUAGUCAGUGUGCGGCCACAUACCGAUUCUGAAGGGUUCACGGAGCUUGUCAGCAUUGAGGAGCAGCGCGAUAUAGAGGACAACGAGUCACGCGCUGCUAUGUCGCCGCGGAGCCUGAGUCCUCUGGCUGUGCUUCCGAGCUAUAGCAGGCACAAUACGCCUACGCCGUUUGAUGAUACGCAGAGAAGGCAGUUGGACUCAUAUGGUAUCGCGCGUGGAAGUGAUUUCAGAUAA